UUUGCCUCUCCCUUCUCAACCUUUCCCCCAAUUUUCAACUCUAUUUCUGCUCUCAACUACCAUCAUGUAUCACUGUCUCAUCUCUACUUUCCAACCACCGCUGAACUGCACACUCCAUAUCACCCACGAUUCCGGUUUAUCCACUCUCCGGCAAAAACCCUUCCCUAAAGACUCAACUUCCUUGAUCCUGUCCACAAGAACAACAAGACUCCCAGAUUUCAAGAUCAUGGCUAAGAAAAAGGCUAUAGAAGGAGUGAGCGAUCAGAUGAAUGCGAUUGCGUCUCAGAACCUUGAUCACGCACCUGCUCGCCGAAGAGUUCGAUUAGCUUUCACUCAAGUUCAGGAACAACUCGAUCACGUCUUGUUUAAGAUGCCUCCUACAGGAAUCAGGACUGAAGAGUGGUUUGAGAUGAACUCAAAGGGUCAAGAAAUUUUCUGUAAAAGUUGGUUGCCAAGGCCUGGAGUCCGAAUCAAAGCCGCCGUCUGUUUUGUCCAUGGAUAUGGGGAUACUUGCACCUUUUUCUUCGAAGGCAUUGCAAAGAGAAUUGCUGCUGCGGGUUAUGGUGUUUAUGCCAUUGAUCAUCCCGGUUUUGGCCUUUCUGAAGGGCUGCAUGGAUAUGUUCCCAGCUUCAACGAUAUAGUUGACAAUGUAAUUGAACAAUACACAAAAAUAAAAGGCAGACCCGAAGUGAGAGGGAUGCCUCGGUUUCUGCUGGGGCAGUCGAUGGGAGGUGCCGUUGCACUUAAAGUUCAUCUUAAAGAACAGCGUGAAUGGGAUGGUGUAGUUCUUGUGGCUCCAAUGUGCAAAAUUGCAGAGGAAAUGAAGCCCCCGGAACCACUGCAAAAAGUUCUAAUCUUUUUGUCAAGAGUCAUGCCAAAAGCAAAGUUUGUACCACAGAAAGAUCUUGCCGAGCUGGCCUUUAGGGACCCGCAGAAGAGAAAAUUGGCUGACUACAAUGUCAUAAGCUACUCAGAUCAGACGAGAUUAAAGACUGCUGUUGAACUUCUAAAUGCCACAAACGAACUCGAGUCACAAGUGGAAAAGGUUUCAUCACCAUUGUUGAUCCUUCAUGGAGCUGCAGACAAGGUAACAGAUCCUAAUAUCAGCAAGUUUCUUUAUGAAAAAGCUGCUAGCAAGGACAAAACCUUGAAGCUGUACGAUGGAAGUUAUCACUGCAUUCUUGAAGGUGAAUCUGAUGAGAGAAUAUUCGAGGUACUUGAUGACAUUACUGCAUGGCUUGACUCUCAUUCCGCUCUUCGAUAGCCAUUUUUGUUGGUCUUCAAAGCAAUUCUUCAGAUCAAAGAAAAUCUGUUCAAAUUGCACCAAAGCAACGCAUUUGAUACAUUAGAUCGGAUUCUUUAUUCUUUUUAUUACCAUAUUUUGGUGAAUUUUGAUGAACAUCUAUGUUGUUUUUGUGUAACAAAUAACAAUCUUGUUUUUCUGCAUUAUUUUAUGCGUUCGUUUGUCAAGAGUGUUGGU